CCCCACACGGCCGCGCCCAGGUCACUGCCGGCUUGCGCCUCUCGUACCAACAGCAACGCCCCUUCUCGCUUCGCCGAUAAACAGCGCCAUGGAAUCGGGAGCCAAUGCAGGCUCAGAUCAGGUAGCGUCGCCGCCGCUGAGCAUCCUGGAUGGCUUCGUGUCUUCCUCGGACACGCGGCCCAUCAUCCAGGAGAACGUCUACGUCAUUCUGGGUCACGGCAAGUUCCAGAGGAGGGUGCUGCUCUGCGCCGUGCUUUGCCUGACGGUGCUUCUGCUGCACGCGUUCGCGUACCGACUCAUCGGUCGUCCCGUGCAGCACUGGUGUCGCCCUCCCGACGAAUUUCUGCACGUGCCCGUCCAGGAGUGGAAAAACGUGGCCAUACCCGUCUUGGCCGACGGCAGCCUCAGCGACUGCACCGUAUACGACCCACCGGUUCCGGGAGAAAACGGCGAAGAACGAAGAGUAGUGUCUUGCAACCAGUGGGAUUACGCCGGUGACCGACAGGAAGACAGCAUCGUAAGCGCCUGGGACCUGGUGUGUAGCCGCCACUGGCUCUACGCGCUGUCGGAGUCCACAUACAUGAUGGCCCCCAUGGUGUUCGUUCCACUGGCAGGAAUCGCGGCUGACCGCCAGGGGCGCAGGCCCAUUAUCCUUGCCUGCGCCUUCACGAUGCUGUUUGCGAGCCUUGCUGCCAGUUCGUCUCAGGUUUUCGCCGUGUUCGUUGUGACACGGUCUUUUGUUGCCGCCACGACCAGCACCACCAAUCUGCUGGUUUUCAUCGUGCUUUACGAGGUGACGGGCGAGGAACAUCGCGCUCUCUACAGCCUCCUGGCUACGAGCAUCGGUUCGGCGAUGGCGAUGCCGCUGAUGUCCCUCGUGUCGAUGGCCAACCCGCGUUGGUGGCUAUCACACACGUUCCUCGCAACGGUCACGGCGGUGGCGGUUGCCUGGUGCGUCAUGAUCGACGAGUCUCCGGUCUGGCUCAUUGAAACGCACAGAAUUCGGCUAGCCGAGCUCGUGAUACUGAACGCUGCCGCGCAGAACCGCAUCGACCUGGCCAAGGCCAGGACAACGUUCAAGGCGCUCAGGCAUCAGCUGGAGAAGCGAGAGACGGCGCCCCCGACGAGCACCAUCGGCUCGGCCAGCGUAUCCACGCGUAGCCGGCGCGCUGUAUCCGUCCUCAUUUCCUGGUUCGGAGUGUGCUUUGCUUUCUACGGAACAGGCCUUCAUGAGACGGCGCUCGAUGCCCAUUGGGCGGUCUUGGCAUUCACGCUACACGUGCUGCUGCUCGUCGCCGCCUACCGAGGCAUCACUAAGUGGGGCCAACGAGUUUCGCUGUCCAUGGUGCUGGCGUUGCUCUGCGUGUCCAGCGCCCUCCAGGCCGCACUCCAUCAAUUGAAAAUCACCGUGCCCUGGACCGUGUUUACGAGACUCGUGGUCAACAGCAGCGCCGCCGUAUCCAUGUCGGUGAACUACGGCUACACGACGGAAGUGUUCCCCACCUCGAUACGAAGCAGAGGGCUUUGCGUGUCGUACUCGGUCGGGCGGGCUGGCGCGCUGCUGGCCACGUUUCUGAACUCGAUGUUUUCUAACAAUGCUCUAGUGUUCGACAUCACCAUGACGCUGAUCGUGUUCGCUAGCGGGAUGGCGAUCCAGUGGCUGCCCGAAAUAUUUGUCCACAAGAAGAUGCAGCCGUCGACACUGGAGCCGGCCGCAUUGACCGAUGAGCAACGGAAGGAAGCGCUGAAGGCAUCCUUGGCCCAGGGCACGGAGUCUGUCGCCAAGAAGGUCAAACGCCACAAACGACGUCGCGAGCCAGCACACGACGUGACGUCACCAGAAGUGCUAACACCGUCUGGGAUGAUGUCCCCAAUGGCAGUGGUUAGCACAAGUGACAAGUACCUUUAUUCGUCCAAGAGUGUGAGACGCUCGCAGCAGAAAAAGAAAGGAACAAACAGCACGGUCGUCUCGCCACCGUCACUAGGACCCAUUUCCCGGUGACCGCAUCUUUUAUUGUUACCUAGCUACAUCCUUUGUUUUCGCUGCAAACAGCAUGGUAUAUUUAGUUUUGUUUCGUGUUUCCAUGCAUAUCAUGACACUCUGCUUUUAGUGAAUUUCGUUACAAAUGUUUUAUUGUACAUCGACUGCAUCAGACACCGCGUUUUUGAUUGCUCUGGUGAAAGUUUUGCUCUUUCGAUGGAACUGUCCUUUGCGGCCCUGUGCUGUUGAAGGCAUAGCCAUGGGACCCCACGCGCGGAAGUGUGCUGUGAUGCUUACGCCAACAGCAAUUGAUAUAACGCGUCGUUUUCCUGCGUACACGAGGACCUCGAGGAAUCGCACCUGCGUGCAGUCACGCCCUCUAUUUGCUCAUGAAUGCGGUGUUACGGUCUCUAUCUCAAAAAGGCAUAGAGCCUGGCAACUGCCUGGAGCAUUCUGACUGAAACUUGCGCAAGUGUACUUCUUUGGGUAUGCCAUGCAACUAACGUUUUUGGUUCCUAUUGUGUCGCUGAUCAAGCGUAGAAGGGGUCAUCCGUAAAAAUAGGCACGACGCCCCUGCCGACCACACUUGCCGUUGUUAGGAGACACGUUCCCGCAGUACGACCACAAACAAGUGUUCUCGCAGGUCGAAAGCAGACAUUUGUGCCAGAUCGAUCACGUUUGUUGCCCUUGACGGCCACGAGAGUCCGAAAUACGCAUGCCGAUACCUCGAAUGGGUUGGCGAGCAGGACUGCCGCCUUUUCAGGGACACAAUUUGUGCGAUCGCUCGUUGGCUGAUCUUUAUCAAUGUCGUAAGACGUUAUCGCGCCAUCCACUGUGAGGCGUGUAUAUCGCCGGUAAAGGGGGAGCGUGCAGGUCAUGGCAUUCAUAAUUCAUCGCAACAGGGCCCCUGCUUACCUCAUUGAAGGAUUUGGUGGAAUCAUUUUAUAUAUAGGCGACUAUGAAAGAGGCCGCGUCCCGGCCG